AUGUCAUCUGGUGGUCCAUCUAAUCCUGGUAAAGGGAAAAAGAUAGCAAAACCUAAAGCAAAAGGGGCACCAAAAAGGCCACGCUAUGUAAUAAAGGUUCCUCCUACAAGACCAUCCACAUCUACUCCACCCACUAUUGCUGGCACAAAUAAUGCACCCUUACAGUCCCCCUCCCUAGCUCUUGUACCCAAGCCAUUACCAUCUCCAUCCGUACCUAUUGUAGAGGCCACACCACCUCCUAUUAUGGUACCCACACCAUGCCCUCCUUUGGUACCCACACCACCUCCUAUUAUUGUACCCACACCAUGCCCUUCUUUCAUACCCAUACAACCUUAUGUUAUGGUACCCACACUACCUCCAGUUGUGGUGCCCAUGACACCCCCUAUUGUGGUACCACAACCUUCUUCCUCACCCUCUGUUGAUGUUAUACCUUCUCCAUCAUCAGUCUCUUCUCCUAAUAUUCCUACAACUCCAAAUCCUACUGAUGCAGAUGCUGCUAUUGUUGACCCUCCUCUCUAUGAACGACUGAUGAUUGAACCUUAUGGGAAAGGGUAA